AUGGCUGUUGGAGAGAAUGCUAGUGCUGAUUUGGGAAAUAUUAGUGUGGACUCAAGUGUAUCAUCAUCAUCAAAUGAUCAGGAUCAUCACAAUCACAACAACAAUGUUCUGAUUCAGUACAUGAAGGUUUCCCAGGUGGGUCAUCACCAUAAUCAUCAUCAUCGGCAGAGAUCAAAUGGCGGGGAGAGUUACAAGAGGGAGAUGAGAGAUUUGCAGGAGUUGUUCUCUAAGUUAAACCCCAUGGCUGCUGAGUUUGUGCCUCCUUCACUUUCCCACGAGACCAGUUUUGGUACAGCUAAUGGGCUUGAUGGACUCAUUGGAGUUAAUGGGGGGUUUUAUGGCAGCAACAACAACAACAACUUGAUCGUAAAUGGAAAUGGCUUCGACAGAAAUGGACAAGUUAAUGGAGAUGCUGCUAGAAGAAAGAAAAGUUAUGGUCAAGUAAAGCGUAGAAUUAGUAGCAGGACAAGCAUGGCUCAACGGGAGGAUACAGUUCGCAGGACUGUGUAUGUCUCUGACAUUGAUCAACAGGUCACUGAGGAGCAACUAGCAGCGCUAUUUAUUAAUUGUGGACAGGUUGUGGACUGUCGUAUCUGUGGUGAUCCCAAUUCUGUACUUCGUUUUGCAUUUAUUGAGUUCACUGAUGCGGAAGGUGCACAGGCUGCCUUGAGUCUGUCUGGGACGAUGCUUGGAUACUACCCUGUGAAAGUGCUGCCCUCCAAAACAGCUAUUGCACCAGUUAAUCCAACCUUUUUGCCCAGGAAUGAUGAUGAACGUGAAAUGUGCGCAAGAACUAUCUACUGUACAAAUAUUGAUAGGAAUUUUACUCAAGCAGAUAUUAAACUCUUUUUUGAAUCACUCUGUGGAGAGGUGUAUCGCCUGAGGCUGCUAGGAGAUCAUCAUCAUCCUACUCGUAUUGCUUUUGUGGAGUUUGUGAUGCUGGAGUUUAGGGAAGUACUUGGCAAGGUAAUAAAGGAUUCUAGGGGACAAGGUUCUUUCAAAGAGGGACUCUAUGCUCUUGCAGAUUCUGAAAAGGACAUAGGACUAUUUAUAAGUGAUGAAGUGGCUGAGAGCGCAAUAGCUGCUCUCAAUUGUAGUGGUGUGGUUCUGGGUUCGUUGCCGAUAAGGGUGAGCCCAUCAAAGACACCUGUGCGGCCACGCGGUCCUCGUGUUUCUGUGCUUUGA